AACAUUGGCGUCAGCGCAACACAAGGUGCUACCUCAGUACGAUUUCACUAACCAUUGUGCGCUCCUACAUCUCCUCAUGUAGGUUUACAGUAACUCGCGUGGCCACAGAGCGAAGAUAUAUUCAGCUGUUUCUGCCCCGAGCAGCGUCGGUGGAGACUCCGGGAAUCCGCUGAAGAGUGCCCCACUGCCUCAACUUCUAGAUGGGUGAAUCAGGCUCCCGCCGUUCCACACUGGUGUCCCGCCUGCCAAUCUUCCGCCGCAGCAGCAGUAAAAGGCAGGACUCUCUUCCCUCCUCUCCGUCUUCAGGUGGACAGGGUAAUGGGGUCCACACCUCCUCUCCCUCCAGCACCAACUCCAGUUCUGGCAGUACGGGGAAACGCCGGAGCCUUUUCCGCACUCCAUCUCUCAGUUUCUCUGCUAAACGAAAUAGUGAUCCACGUGUUCAGCCUAUCAACCUCAACCUCACACCCCCGCUGACACAGAGCACUGACGCAAAUGGAAAUAACCAGCAGACGAUAACGACGUCAACGUCAACGGGAUUCAGUGAAGGUGGUGGGCGCCCAAAGUCGCGCCACUCAUUUGGGUUUGGCAGCCAUAAGCAAAAGAAAAUCACACGCUCUCAGACAGAGGAUUUUGAAAAAGCUUCUUCUUCCUCCUCCACAGCCAAUCGAAAUGUGUUUAUAAACUGUAUCAGUGGCUCAGGGGCCAAUGAGGGCGACGACUCUGGGUUCCUCGAUGACUACAGUGGGGGCAGUAAUAACAAUAAACGGUCGUCGCGGAAGAAACAGCUACUGCCCAAAUCUUUCUCUGCUCACCACCGCUUCUCCCGCACCUCUGAUCACCACAGACCUCCAGAAGUGAAUCUGGAACCUCCGAGCUCCACAACCGUAACUCCGGGAACAGGAGGGCUCACCCCGGGGUCGUGGCCAGGCGAGCUGCUCGGUGCCGGCGGUGAGAGCUCACUACAGUCCCCUAUGAUAUCAGAGGACCGAACCACAGCCAUCACUCCUUCAGAGUUCAUCCCCAUCACGGAGGACUCUGUAUCUGAGGUGGACGCUCUGCCAGCUCCCAGUCCUGGAUCUGGUUUAACCCCAGGACUGGCCUCUGUGCCUGGGCUGGCUAUUGAUGCAGCUCCACCUGAACCUUCAUGUGUUCCAGAGAGCUUCAGUGUCGCUGUCUCUACCUCCCAGGUUUUCUUCACUCCGGCCCAGUCCAGUGCUGAAAAACCUUUACUCCCCGACACCAGCACAGCAAACAACACAGACUAUGAGACUGCCAUUUCCCUCUCGGAGCCUGAGACAGCUGUACCCUGCCUACCUCUGCGGGAACAAUCACUGGAAGAGAGGAAGGAGAGGGAGGAAGAGAGAGAGGAAGCGAGGCAUGAGGUGGCAGCCGCGGAGAGGAAGAAGAUGGUGGAGGAGCGGAAGGCAGGUUACCACACAGAGACCACAAGUGAGAGCGAGGCAUGUGUGGUACGCAGUGAGGGUUGUCACUCUAACCCAGAGCAGUCAGAAAGGAGGCCGAGAAACACGCGCUCCAUUCAAGAAAGAGGAAGCUUCUGUGGCUGCCACGAACCGAGGUCCUCUCAUCUGAGGAAACCACAUGCAGCCUCUCUGUGUAGCAGUGUCAGCCCCUAUCAUGAGGUGAUGCGGAUGGAAAGGCGCCUUCGCUCCUCGUCUGAGGGGGCUGGUGGGCCUCGUAUCCAUGGAAACCACAGAGAUGCCCCUGGCAUGGAAGGAUGUGGUCUGCUCAAACACAGGAACAACUCCUCAUCAUCCAAACUGGGAAGUCUGGAUGUGCUGAACAACCUGGGUUCAUCAGAGCUGGAUGAAGAUGACCUUAUGUUAGACUUGGACCUUUCUGAUGAUCAGCGACAUCGACAUGUGUCCAGAGAAGACUCAAGCCAGUCCCUGGCCUCCUGUCUCAACCUGCUACCCUCCCCCAUGGACCCAUCAGGUGAUCGCAUCCCAGGGAAGGAAAACACUCAGAGGGAGCCCUGCCGGCCGACCAGCCUGUUGCCUGCUGACUGGAGCUCGGGGCUGGGUUUGGGAAGGGAAGAUGAGCCUUUACCUCCGGGACUGGAGACCCUUCCACUCCGACUGAUGCAGCAGGACUGCACUGCUGUCAAAACCCUGCUUUUAAGACUGAGACGGACGCUGCAGGAGAGCACAGAGACGAGUCCUGCCAGCAGCCUCCAGUCUCUACCCAUCAGCCCCUGCAGUGAAAAGUCUCUUCCAUUUAAGGAACCUGGCAGAGAGGAGGCCUUGCUGCAACAACUGAGAGAAAAAGAUGAACUGAUUCUCAGACUGCACAGUGAACUGGAGAGUGCCAAAGCUGCCCUGAAGAUGAAAGACUGCCAAAUGACUGACCGCGCAACGCAGACAGAGCACAUGGGGCCAGAGAUCAGUCAUCCAGGCCGGUGGUCAGGACUAGGCAGCAGCAGCAGCCUGGUUUCAAGGGACCGAAGAGCAGCACGGGGUGUGGGGGCAGCACUCGGAGGGGACCUCUGUAACCAGCACCUCCCCCACCACUAUCCACCUCUGCAUGGCCGACCUCCUGCUUCGGAACGACACGCUGCCAGGGAGGAGCGCCACUGCCAGGGAGUCUUGGCACAGCCCACAGCCCGUAACCCUGCUCCAAAUCUGGCUCAGGGCUCCUCCAACUCGUCCUGUGCCACUUCUGCAGUGUCAGCCCAAUCCUCACUUACUACUCCAGCCCAGCUUCAAGUUUCACACCCGGGCCUUAGUCCAAAUCAAUGCCCAGGCUCCGGCUCAGCAGCUGCUAAUCACACCGCAGUUCCAUCUCUGUCCUCCAGGCUGCCAGAGGGGGUGUCCUCCUCUUCUGAGUCCUUAAUUUCAGGAGGAGGAGGAGGAGGGGUGAGUCUGUCAGUUGGUGCGAGAAGAGGAGGAGGAGAGCACCAUCCCCCUAGCCAUAUCCCUCGUGCAGUCGGAGCCAGCGCCUCCUCAAGUCUCCACAGUCUUGCAAGCAGAGGGAGCCCCUCCCCAAGCAUUUCAUCAUCCAUCCAAGCCUCCCCUCCACCUGCUACUCCUUCCUCAGCCUCCUCUUCCUCCUCAUCCUCCACGUUUACGGGUCGUUUAGGACAACCACCUCGAGGCCCUCUUUCUCUGCAUAGCUACAGUCGUAAAAACGUCUUCCUCCAACAUUCCCUACAGACUGCUGAACUGCAAGCUCUGACGCAGAGAGACAGCUGAGAGCACACACUCAUUUACACCAUCCAUAUUGACUCGAGCCACAAAAUGUGUGACUUUUUAGAGAAACUGCUGCUCCUUCAAUACAAGUUGCUUGAGUUUCACUGUCCCAGUUCCCUGUGAAUCCAUCAACAACACGCGCUUACAAUCAUGCCUGUCUCUCUUCACAAUCCAGACCAAACCUUCGCUGACAUUUUGUUCUUAGAUUUGCUCGCUUAAACACACUCAUAUGCAAGGUCACACACACAUAUCAGGCUGUGAGUAUGAAAAAGGCACUCACCCGUCUGUCAGAACUCCCACAUUGUGUCAUGCUGACAGUUUAGAUGUGCUUACGCCCACAGAUGCAAAGUGCACCAAGACUCAUAUCCAUGCACACAUACAGAUCACAGUCACACACACUUACACAAAGAUACACACUCUCACACAGAGACAUCAUCUGCGAUAUGGCCGCCUCACAAUCUGCACAAAGAGCAAGGCGUUUAAACUGGAGGCAGAGGUAAGAUUUGUAUGUGUGUUGUGAAAGAUUAUUUUUUAUCCAUUUAUUUGAUCAUUUUUAAAAGUUAAACCAUGUGCUGCUUAAUGAACUAUGGGACUGACCAUCAUUUGCGCUGAUAAGGAUAUACUCUCACAUUGCCAAAUCCUCCAUCAGAUCAACUCCUCAUUCCUUGAUGUCUGCUGACACAAGUGCAAAUGAGAAAACAUCCACAUCCACGACCCUUUUACUGCAUGCUUUUUAAAACUGGAGAAUACAGGUGAGCAUUUUAUGCCGCAACAGGAUCUGGGUGACUUUUAAAGUCUUUUAAUAACGUUUCAGUAUCAACUCUCAAGAAGGGAAAAAAAACAUGCCAAAACCUCUGACCAAAAGCCUGUUGAGUGUUUUGAGAAGUAAAUGUUUAUCCUUCUGCUCACAUACACCAACCAGCCACAACAUUAAGACCACUGACAGGUGGGAAAUGCACCAGGGUGUUGUCCGUGGAUCCUUUGAGACCUGUGGGUUUAAAGGUGAAGCCUCCAUGGAUCACACUUAUUCUGGCGGGGCCCACAGAUGCGAUUGAAUUGGGAUUUGGGGAAUUGAGAGGCUAGGUUGACAGCCUGAGCAGUUUUUGUGGGGUGGUAUGGUGCAUUGUCCUGGUAGGAGGGGCCACUGCCACCAGGGACUGCCGUUGCCAUGAGGGGGUUUGCUUGAUCUGCAACAGUGGGCGGAUGGAGUGUGUCAAGUGGCGUCUGCAUGAAUACCAGAUUUCUUAGCAGAACAUUACAUUGUAAUCAGAGGAUCAGUGUAAUUCACUUCACCUGUCACUGGUUUUAAUAUUUUGGCUGAUCGGUGUACAGUAUGUAUGACAUUUGAAGUACUUUUGGCUUAAUACUGGACCACUUUUUUCAUAGGAAUACAAUGUUGCAAUAUUACCCACAUUAUAUACAAGAGAAAUGUGUAUCUGCAGUGUUAGAUUAGUACAGUACAAUACAUGAAGAGUUCAUUCUAAAAUGAGAGAUCUGCUGUUUGUUUGGCAUUCAUAAUGACAAAAGUACAUGUCAGUAACUCUGCUGAACCCUCCGCUUACAAAAUCCAAACACAUCAGACAAUGAGAUAGAGCAGAGCAAGAUUUCUAAGAUUUGGCAAAGCAAGCAUUAUGUAUUUUUUUCCUAAAUGGGGAAAAACAGUAUCAGUUUUUUGGAAUGAAGCACUUCAUAUCUUCUUUAGGGCUGGGUAUGGAGCUGGGAUACCUACUGGUGUUUUGCAAAAUGACAGAAUCAAUAUCCAUUUUAAGAUUCAAAAGGAAAAAUGUUUCAAAUGAUGGCAUUACAGUUAGCUGACACGUUUUCUAUGACAGUUUUACUGACGCAUCAAUUGAGUAGAAUCUGAUUCUGCCUAGGGGAACAUGUGACGAGACAAGUAUUGCACAGAAAAUUGUUUACUUGAUCAAAUAAUGAAAAGAAAGAUACAGAAAACAUGAUUUUAUACAAACAACCCCAUUUGGAAAAGCAUCAGCACUGAGUGUUUCCACUGAUACCCAGUCCUUAUAUGCUAGCCUUCUUUUAUCUUCCCGACUGCAGAUGCGUUGAUGUUUUACCUAACGAGAUGGCAUUUGGUAUAAUAAGGCCAGCAAUUAUGUUGUUUUUUUGGACUGUAGACUCAAACCUUUUGAUUGAGAUUUAUAUCGUAACUGCCAUGACCUGCUAAGUUGUACAUUAUUCACACUUCGGGGACAAAACAUGUCACAAUUUGAUAAGUGAAAAAACUCUUUAAAAAGUUUUUUUUUUUAUUUGUGAACAACUGGGCUGCGUAACAGCCUCUUCAAUCUGCCACUGUUGAAGAUAUUUGCUCUGUUGAGUAGAAUAGACUGCAGAACAGCCCUUUUCUUUCCACACAGGCUUUGGGGUAAACAAAUCUUAUAAUGUCAACCAGGAGGCGGGAGCCUGCUCUGCUGCUAAGUACAGGCCAGAAGUUCACAGCUCCCGGCGUCUGCACAAAAUGUUAGAUUCUGGAAAAGUUGUUGACCUUGUCUGUCUCUAAACGGCACCUGGCUUUAGGGAGGGUGUAUAGAUUGUGUGUGUGUGUGUGGGUGUGUGUGUGUGUGUGUGUAUGUGUGGGUGUUGUAAUGCACACGUCGUGAGGCAAAGACCAGAUAGAGGUGAAGAAAAGCCUGCAGGAAGACAGCUCUGCUCCCACUGGUGGAAACUACGUCUCUCCCUCUGGUCUGUUUUACAUGAACACAAAUUCCUCUCUUUUCAUCCCUUUUUCCCCCUCUGUCUCUUCUCUGUCCUUAUUUCUUUCUGCAUUUUCCAUCUAUCCCCUCCUCCAUCUCUCCCUAUACAUUUCCCUCCCUCUGUCUCCCAGCAUUCAACGCUACUGCAUGCCAACUCAGUAGCUCCUUUUGUACCUCUUUACAAUCCAUUAUCUUUCUUCUCCCACUAUCAUGUCCCAGGUUUCUCCUUCCCUCUAUCUCUCUCCCCGGAUCAGUGUACUUACCCAGAGCUUGUAUUGUCAUACAGUGUAUCGGUAACAGACUCUGUUGCAGUGGCUCUCAGUCCUGGGCAUUGGGGCCUGAUUUUCAUUCCAGCUGUCUAAUCAGGGAGUCAUUUUACACCUGGUGAAUGCAAUUAACUACCUGGUAGUGUAGACGGCCAGCAGUAAUGUGGCUCCGGAGGACCUGGACUGAGAGCGGCAGCUCUAAUGUGAACUAAACAUUCCCUGCUUGGUUUGUUUACACACAGAGGGUGACAAUGCUGCGUUGCUGGCUGACCUUAAGAAAUACUUUUUACAUCCCUCGUCAACGCAGGCAUCGUAAUGUCAUUGACACUUUGUGAAAUGUCAUAAGGGAGUGUUUGGUUCUGUUUGCACUGCCCACUCAGAUUUAAUUUUUUUAAACAGCUGUGGUUGUUUCAGCUGUGUUAAUCAAGCUGCAACCUACGGGGCUUAGAAAUUAAUUCAACUCGAAAGCACAGACUGUGUAAAAUAAUGGUCAUAGCUACCGUAAUGUUACCCAUUGGUUUGUGGACUGCUGUUUUGAAACCUCAAGUUUGGCAUUUCAGCCACCCCCAUCCUAAUUUUUUCAACAUUCAUGACUACUGUAUGCAGGGGGGUGAAUUUUUAUAUAACCCACCUGUUUAAAUUUUAUUAAGACUUAAAGUUCUGCAUAAUUAAGGCCAUGGCAGGCUCUCUGUGAGGUGUCACUACAGUCUGUGAGUCAGAUCCACCCUUGGCUCCUCCACAGCUCCAACCUCUCAUCCAAAUUCUGGCUUUAAAGAUCCAAGAUGGCAACUGGCAAAUAACCAAACACAAGGCUUCAAAAUGGGAGUCCACAAACCAAUGAGUGAUGUCAUUGUGGCUCCGUCCAUUUUAUACAAUCUGUGGUUCAAAGUGGGAAGUCAGAAAGGUGGGCUGCUGGUUAAGAGACAUAUCAUGAAAGGGAAAGAGCCACAUCUGAGACGGCAGUUCAAAUGUGGCUCUGAGGUUUUAUGAAGACAUAUCUGCCUGUGUAAUUGUAAGAGUGAACUGAAAUUGAAAAUUUUACUGCUAAGAAAACAGGGGUCUGCAAUAGAAAAGUGGGCACACCUCACAAACCUCAAUCCUUCAUUUUACUUGGCAGCAUGUUGUGCAUUUAAGACCCAUUUAUUUGUUGGGAAGUUAUUUAUUGUUUUCUGCCUUAUUUAUAUUUAUUGCCAUAGAAUCAGUUUCCUAAAAGCAUCUUGACACUAACUAAUAAAGAUAGUGGUCAUGACAUGACAAUUAUAAUAAUCAUGAAGUUUUCUUAUUAUAAUUGUAAUGAAUUACAGAUAUUACGCUGUGCUAGCUUUUUAAUGUGCUUACUGUAGUUAUUAUUUUUCCUUCACAAAUUUCUGUAAUAAUGAAAUUGAGCUGUAUAAUUGUACAUAAAUUAUUAUAACUGUUGAUGUUCACUGUUCAUGAUCACAAUCUGUUUGUGCUCACAUAAAUGACUCUUAAAGGGACAGUUCACACCAAAAUCAAUCAUAUAUUUUCUUACCUGUAAUGCUAUUUAUAAAACCAGAUUGUUUGGGUCUGAGUUGCUAAGUGUUUGAGAUAUCAGCUGUAAAGAUGUCUGCCUUCCUUUGCAUUAAAUGCAACCAGAUCGCACUCGGCUUGUUGUGCUACAGGAGUAAAAAAAAAUUGAAAAUUUUGUUGAAAAACUCAACAGCAGUGUCUCUUUCCAGAAAUCAUU